UUGGUGGGAGUUGAUUGAUGGCAGUGGUUCAUAAGCAGAUUCACGUGUCCAACUCAUCAGGGAUCUCUCCUUUAUAAGGCUUUCAUUUGAUCUCCUCAUCUAACCAAGUUUAGCUAACGCAAGAGGCUCAAAAAUUUCCACUCCUCCUCCGUUUCUCUAUCUUUUUCUUUGCCUUUUAUCGUCCCUUUGUUUUCCCGUCUCCCUUGAUUAUUUUUCUCUCAUGGAGCUGCUCUCCUUGUUGCUGCUUCUUCCAAUCCUACACCUUUUCUUCACAAUUUGGAAGUGGGUUAAUGACAAGAGAGACCAAGAAUGUUACAUUUUAGACUACCAAUGUUACAAGCCAACUGAUGAUAGAAUGGUCGGGACUGAGUUCUGUGGGGAGGUGAUAAAAAGGAACAAGAAUCUUGGACUCAACGAGUACAAGUUCCUGUUGAAAGCCGUUGUCAGUUCCGGUAUUGGGGAACAAACCUACGCCCCAAGAAUCAUGUUUUCAGGCAGAGAAGAGAGCCCAACAUUGGCAGAUGGCAUCUUGGAAAUGGAAGAGUUUUUUUAUGACAGCAUUGGAAAGCUCUUGUCCAGGGCAGGCAUUUCCCCUCAGGAAGUUGAUCUCCUAGUCGUCAACGUUUCCAUGUUAUCUGCAGUUCCUUCUUUGUCUUCUAGAAUCAUAAAUCACUACAAAAUGAGGCAAGACAUCAAGUCUUUUAACUUAACCGGAAUGGGAUGUAGUGCAAGUUUGAUUUCUCUUGAUAUUGUUCGCAAUGUCUUCAAGUCUUACAAAAACAAGUACGCUUUGCUAGUAACCUCAGAGUCUUUGAGUCCAAAUUGGUAUGCUGGCAACGACAGAUCCAUGAUUCUUGCGAAUUGUUUGUUCCGUUCGGGUGGCUGCGCAAUUCUUUUGACUAACAACAAGUCCUUAAGGCAUCGUGCAAUGUUCAAAUUGAAAUGCUUGGUGAGAACACAUCAUGGAGCCAGAGAUGAGUCAUACGAUUGUUGUAUUCAAAGGGAGGAUGAGAAAGGAAGGGUAGGAUUUCACCUUGGCAAAAACCUUCCUAAAGCUGCUACUCGUUCUUUUGUUGACAAUUUGAGGGUGAUUACCCCAAAGAUCCUGCCUGUUAGGGAACUACUUCGGUUCAUGAUAGUGUCAAUUGUUAAAAAAUGGAACCGACAUGGUUCUCCCAAGGGAACUACUCAGGGACGUAUUAAAGCUGCGGUGAACUUCAAGAGUGGAGUGGAUCAUUUCUGCAUCCACACAGGAGGGAAAGCAGUGAUUGAUGGGAUUGGGAUAAGCCUUGAUCUCACUGAGUAUGAUCUGGAACCGGCUAGGAUGACCCUGCAUCGAUUUGGCAACACUUCUGCUAGUAGUCUUUGGUAUGUUUUAGCAUACAUGGAAGCCAAAAAGAGGUUGAAGAAAGGGGACAGGGUGUUGAUGAUAAGCUUCGGGGCUGGUUUUAAAUGCAACAGCUGUUUGUGGGAGGUUCUAAGGGAUUUAGGGGAUGGAAAUGUGUGGAAAGAUGAAAUUGACAGGUACCCACCAAAGACAUUGGUUAAUCCUUACAUGGAGAAGUACGGUUGGAUCCAGGAUGAAGAUCCUAGCACCUUCAAAAUUCCAGAGGACUAAAAUUCUAGAGAGGCAAAAAAAUAAUAAUAAGGAAAAUAGAAUCAAUUAUCAUUUUUUUUUUCUUCCCCAUACCCUUUCAAAAAGAUCACGGCUCCUUUCAUUUAUGGUAUACUACAAAGUUCUUAGAUUGUUAAAUCCCAUGGUGGAUUCAUAACCAAUAAGAUGGGCAGCUUCAAACAAUGAGAAGUUUGUCAUAUCCUAUUGGAGAGCUGGGUUUUUUUUUUUUAGUUUUUUUUCUUUUCCUUCUUGAUUGGUACUCCUUUAUUGUUGGAUUUUGAGGGUUACAGUUUACAAAGUAGAGC